AUGAGAAUCCAGACCAUUAGGACGCCAGUGCAGGUCCGUGAUCACAUCACUUCUCGAGGCUCAAUCAAGCAAGAGACCCGGACCAUUCUUCGGACGAACUCUUCAAUUCGCGAGAUUAUGGAUGAGAACUGGCUUGUUUAA